AUGGUUUUCUCUACCUCCUGCCGGAAUAUUUCGCUCGAACAUGAUCCCAAUACAGACCUAACCUAUUUACGUGCCGAGUGCAAAACGGCGGAUUCCGGGGAAUGGAACUCUAGUUCGAUUUGCCUUGACGAACAUCUCGGAGUGAGCCGGCUGUACAAGGGAUUCGACACUACGGAAGGUAAGACAGCCUCUGCUCAAGGAAAGUCCCUACAGUCGCUUCUGGAGCCUGGUAGUCUGACCCUCAGGGGUACUUCGGUAUUGUAUGGUAGAGUCUCCGGCGUGGAUGGUGGCUGGGAGGCAACUAUCUACCUCGAUCUUCUCUUCAAUAACGACAACGGGAAGCUGGUGAGGGAGGGCAGAUCGACCAGUCUGAUGAAGUCAGCCGGACUUAUCAGAUCCUCCGUGGACGGCGACAUAAUGUCGCUUCUUCUCGCACCGGAUGGAAAGCUAUACGUCUCUCGGAUGUCGAUGCACGACGAUUCGGCACUUGAUAAUGAAGGCCGACUGAGACCUUACAACGGUGAUCUCUCCGCCAUGGAAUAUCGGCAAUUAUUCGCUAGUUAUUGGGGCAUCAGCGGCCAAAUGAGAAAACUGAACCCUAUGGGGGACUGGCAGGACUUUGACCUCCGGUUCGGUGAGCAGCUCAGCAACGCUACUGGGAGUAUAUCAUUGGAACCUCCUCUCCUGCAAAAGGACGAGGAAACCAGGACAACUGCACAAUGCAUCUAUAUGUCUACUAUUCUGGCCGGUUACCUUGCGGAUAUUCUAUUCUUCGGCAGGGUCGGGGCGGCUUAUGGGUCUGGUUUGGCCCCCUUGGCUGCGUCUACUGUUCGAUCCGCCAUGAGCCCUUUCGUCAGCGACCCCAAGAUGAGAGACGAGGUGGCCGCGGUUGCUCUCUACAGAGUGCUGAAGGAAGAGGUUCCAAAAGCCGCGGGAAUCGGUGUUCGAAACGUUAUAGCACUUUACUCGGGCGAAUCAGCCAGAGACUGUCCGAAUCAAGAUGACUGUUUGAAUGCGCUCAAGGACUACGCAGCAGCAGAGUUCAACCGCCAAGGUGUUGACUCGUCUAUACUGCAGGAAAUGACACUAGGAUGGGACAAGUAUGGCAAUUCCUCCCUCCCCAUGGAAUUCACUAACACGCGCUACAGAAUCCUUGAGACUGUUUUGGAAGCACUUAUUAACGGAAAGUCGGAGGACGACAUUAAACACAGCUUUGACGACUACACUCACGAUGGGGUCGAUCUUCUACCACUUCCGCAGUCGCAGUCGCCGUCACCGCCUCCUGAAAAGAAGAAAGACGAGGGGACCGAUUACAUAGGUAAAUGGAGACAGGAUAUCAUUUCCGUACAGGAUCAGUUGUACCUUCUCGAGCCGAGCGUUGGCCUUGACGUGGAACAGAGCACUAUGCAGGCUCUAGAAUCGAUUGCUAAUGGACUCACCGGCCUUAACGGACUACUCGACUUCUGGCCAGAUUACAAAGGCGAUGAUGCGACUAACGAGCAGCGUAAAGCAAUAAUACAAUCCACGACCGAACUCGUUGCGAAGGGUACCGAGACAGUCAAGGAUACUGAGGAAGGCAACUCGGUUCUCAACCAGGUGCUUAAGCUAGCACAAAAUCUGGAGAGCCUCAAAACCCAAUUCACAGACGAAACGGACGCCGAGCAAGCCGAAUUGGACAAGCUGAAACCCGAGUUGCAAGCGGCUGUUGAGAAAAUGUUUGCCGAUCAAAAGGUUUACCAGCAUGCACAAAACGGGCUCACGGCAGAGGUAAACAAACUCAGCGAGGAGGAGCAUAAACACGGAGCGGAAGCAACAAUUGAAGACGGCAUAAGGUGGUACAGAGAUUUGCUUCGAAGGCGUACCUCUGCUCUUGCAUCCGCUCAAGCGGCAGCCGACACAGCAAUGGAAACAUACCUUGAAUCUGAGCAAACUGUAGUCCACCUACAGGCCCGCCAGGCAAUGCUCAACGACAUCCAUAAGCGCCGGUUCGCAGUGCAACGGGAAAUCACCAAAACCGAGAUGAUCAUCCGCGACCUGAAACUGAUGAUUGAAGGCACAAAGCGGGAAGAGGAGCGGAUCCUAUCCGUGGUAGACCUCAUGUCGGCCACGCUGACCGACUUAUUACACAUUGGCGAGCCUCCGUACCAUCGUCCGAACCGGAAGAUCGAGGAUCAAGUCUGCACAGCGGUCUUGGCGGUUCACCGAGAGUCUCUGAUUGAUGCGUCCUUUGUGGAGAGUGCACGGAAGGCGGUUACGUCGGUCCUAGAUUGGUUUGAUGAUGUUAUGCCGGAGGCUACGCAGCGUGAGAUUGAUGCGAUAGUGAAGAACCCGCUAUAUCAACAGUCAAAACGUAAAUUUGACGGAGCGGCCGUCGAAAAGGACGUCGAAAAGGAUGUCUAA